ACCAGUUGGAGUGCAGGGAGCAAGCCCCAGUCAGAUAAAAACAACACACGCACCACCGUCCCACCCGCAGGGGUUCCCGGAUGCCCUGGACCUGCUAGCGUCCCAAGCGUCUAAGCACUUGGAGCCCCAAAGCAGCGCGACCCACGUACCUGAAUGUACCUCGCCUCCAUACCUCCAGGCCCAUCUCUCCGGUACAUACCUCCGGGUACAUACCUGCGGGUACAUGUCUACCCUCGGCUGCGUUCGAAUUGUGGUGGGACCAGCUGCUGCUGUCGCUGCUGUCGUCUAGCCCAUCUCUCUGGCUCAUUCCCAUCCUCCCCCCCCCCUUCUUCUUCUUCCCCGGCCCAGCACGUCCAGGGUGGCCACACCCUCCUCCCUCUUUGUGUUGCCCUCUCUUUCUGCCCUUCUCUCGUUUCUUGCCCCAUCCAACAAAAUCCUUCGCUUUCUCCGAUUUCAUUCACUACCUGGUCCCGUCUCCUCUUCCCGCCUUCUUCCUACAUUACCGCCCGAUCCAUCCAACUUGCCUUGUCCAUCCAUCAUCUAUCUAUCCUGACCUACCCGGCCGGCCUACAUACUUACACAUCCCCCCCCCCCCUCCCUCCCUCCCUCCGUUCAUCCAUCCCAUUAUCUUACCGCUCGCCUUCAACUCUUACCCGCUCAUCGAGAUACAAGCAGUACAUCCAUUACCUUGCCUAUAUCGCUAUCCCAUUCUUAGCCCGAGCAAAGAAGCUGCUGUCGUCAACGACCCAAUCCAACGGAGCAACGACAGCAACGCAACGCACACUCCCGAACUGACAUCACCGCGCGACACCGCCACCCAACGCUGUCUCUGCCGUCCAACCAGUUCCCUUCUCGUCUACCGGACCUGCGCAAGCGAUAUUCAGUAAAAUCACCGCCCCCCUCC